AUGGUGAUAUCAAGGGCUGCUAGCCCAGACCCCCUACUCACGGGAGGACCCUCUACAACAACUAGGCAAUCGAGUAAACGCUCUGCUCAAGCCCAGUUCGUGAGGAAUAUGCAGGAGUUUUUGGAUACACAUGAGGCACAAAUGAGGUAUCUUGGUGCAGCUGGACAGGCCGUUUGGCAGCAGCUACAAAACCUCCAGGAGCAAGUCCAAGGGAGUGGACAAAUCCUGGAUAAGAAAGUACGGCAAGAAGCCAUUGCCCAAAAACAACAUCUCGAGUCGCUCUUUGAGCUCGUCACCCAUGUCCAACAAAUGCAAGAAACCACACGAGCCGCCGACCACGAGGUUCUGGAUCGCAACCAUCGGAUUACCCAGAACCAACUGUUGGAGGCGGAGCGACAGCUGAGGAUGGCACGAGAAGAGCGGGAGCAGGAAAAAGGGGAACAACGGGCUAUGUUUGCACAAUUCAAGCAGUCCGAUGAGAUAAGAAACCAACGGAUAGCCGAGAUGGAGGAACUACUGCGACAACACCUGUCAGUAGCACCUUCCGUGGCUAGUGCUCCCUUAGACCCUAAUGCACCCCGAACGGUUCCUGUUGACAAUGGCAAGAAACCCGAAAAUGCUGGCCCAGUAGGAGGAAAUGCUGGUCCUGUAGGAGGAAAUGGAGGCAGGCAACCGGAGGAUGCCGGCCCAGUGCAUGGCAAUAGUGGCAGAGGACCGGUGGAAGCUGCUCCAGUUGGUGGGAAUGGUGGAAAUCAACCUCCCCAGAACCCACCAAGAGGAAACGUUGGGGGAGACCCAGAACCUUCCGACGACGAUGACGACGAUAACAGUGAAUGGUCGCACGGUCGGAAGAAUUGGAGAAGGAACCGAGGCGGGAACCGGAAUUCGGCGCCGCCUGAAGACGACGAUAUGGUAGAUUCGCUCGCCAAAAUACCCUUUGAGUUCGAUAAUGCCAGGAAGCAUAACCUGCGGCAUUGGCUCAUGGAGUGCGAGAUCUACUUCGAGCAGAAGCCCAAGAAGUUCCGAACGGACAGGAACAAAGUACUGUUCGCUGGAACAUAUACGUGUGGGUUGGCGAAGGAAUGGUUUAUGGAGUAUAUCGAGACCAAGAUGCUAGGACCGGCAGCCGCGGACUAUGCUACUUGGACUCGGUUCCGUCAGGAGAUUAGGAAACGUUUCUUAAGCACUCAGGAGGCUAUUGUUACGGGCAUGCCAAGCAUUUACGGGA